AUGAUGUUAAAAAGAAGAGCUUUUGGUUCUAUUGUCUCUAUUUCUAUGUUUCAGAAAGAAUCAGCUGAAAUAGGUACUGCUACUAGCACUUGUACUGCCGCUACAUUUCUCCUUCCAAACCCCUAUUCAAAACCCAUAUUAUCCUUUCAUUCUGCUGCUGAUGCUAUGGACUCCCCACCUGUUGUUUUGACAAAUCUGAUUAAUAACGAUAUCAAUAAUCUGGAAGAAGCUCUGUUUUUAUACAAUGAUAUGGUUCGAAGCAGGCCUGUGCCUUACGUUUUUCACUUCAAUCAACUCCUCAGCCGUAUUGUUAAGAUGAAGCAUUAUUCUCCUGCUAUUUGCGUUUUCAAAGAUAUGUACUUCUUGAGCAUUCAGGUUGAUGAUUACACCCUGAAUACUGUGAUCAAUUGUUACUGCCUUUUGAAUCGAGUGGAUUUGGGAUUUUGUAUAUUGGGGGUUUUCUUCAAGUAUGGUAUUGUCCCUGAUGUGACCACCUUUAACACUUUGCUCAGGGGACUCUUUCGACAGCACAUGGUUCCCCGGGCGCAAGAAUUGUUUGGGAAGAUCAUCUGUGAAAAAUUAUGUGAACCCAAUGGGGUCAUGUUUGGAACCGUGAUUAAUGGACUCUGCAAGGCAGGGAACACAGGCAAAGCCGUUGAAUUUCUCAGAGUUAUGGGUAAAGAAGAAAGAGUUAAACCGACUACCAUAAUUUACAGCACUAUCAUUGACAGCUUGUGCAAGGAUAAAAUGGUAGAUAAAACUCUUGACCUUUUACAUGAGAUGGUUGAGAAAGGCAUUGCCCCAGAUGUUGUUACCUACAAUUGUUUGAUCCAGGGUCUUUGCAAAUUUGGUAGAUGGAAAGAGGUUACUAAGCUGCUGAUUGAGAUGAAUGAUUUUCACAUCGUACGAGAUGUCUUUACAUUUGGUAUUGUGAUUGAUGCACUAUGUAAGGAAGGAGAGGUAGAAGCUGCAGAGGAUGUAUUUCAAACCAUGCUUAAGCAAGGUGAGAGACCAAGUUGCAUGACAUAUGGUGCUUUGAUGGAUGGAUACUGUUUGUAG